AACUGUAUCCGGGACAUUACUGAUGCCCUAAUAGCAAUGUGUGAGGACAGGCAGGAGGACGAGGAAACAGCCAUGCUCAGCAACUCACAGAUCAUCCACAGUGUCAUUGACAUCUUCGGAGCCGGUUUUGACACUAUCAUCACCGGUUUGCAGUGGAGCCUUUUAUACCUGAUCAAGUUUCCAGACAUCCAGGCUAAAAUCCUUCAGGAGAUAGGUGAAGUCUCAAAAGGGGCAAUCGAAACAACAUUGUGUUUACUGGAAAACAAAACAAAAUCAUUUCCCAUCAUGCAUAUCCCUUUCUUUAGCUGUUCAGCGACAUCCUGGGGAAAUUAA